AUGCAUGCCAUGAGCAUCCCUGCAUGGUUCGUACAGCAACCGCCAAGACUAUGCGCCUCCAAGCCCACAGCCGCGACAAAUCUUCCCGUGGCUGCUAAAUGUAGACUGGAAUAUCUCAAUGAAGGCGGUGCGAACUUUGUCUUCAGAGUGCUUCCAGGCGAUGGCGAAGACUUGCCGUCGACACUCCAGGGGAAACUGCUCCGGCUCCGGAAGGACGAUCCGCACAUACCAAGCGCCGAGGAGCAGCUUCGAGCUCUGAGAGAGACGUUCCGGCCUAUGUUCGAGGCAAAGAAUCUUCUGGGCCAUGAGCUUGUUUCCGUGGACGCAGGCGUUCUGUAUGGGUUGAACGAAUACCUCGCAACAGUGACGCGCCCGCCUCAUCGUGAGGGAGACGGCAUGCCGAAGCAGGCAACAUCCGGUCUGCUCGUCACUGACAUGACGCCCAAAGAAAAUGAAGUCUGCUUGCAGUUGAAACCUAAGUGGUUGGGUCAGUCUCCGAAUGCGCCGCCUGAUGCCCGGCGGUGUCGCACCUGCGCUCUUCGUGCUUAUCGAGCAUCAGAGCGCAUCAGGACAGCGACCGAUGCGCAGGAGACUUGUCCACUUGAUCUGGUCAACAAGAAUGUCGAGGAUCGUAGACUGGCUGUGCAGGCCAUUACUCCAGACCGGCCCAUCUGUGAGUAUUUACUCAACCAGGCCCAAGCACUCUUUCAGCAGCUACGAAUGUGCCAGACAAAGCUGGACCCCUAUGGCGCCCUCACUCCCCUCAGUCCUGCUGCGGUCGGUGAUUUGUGCAAAGCCAUGACUUUGCGCGACUGCUCUCUUUUCAUCAAGCGAUCCGACAAGGGCAUUGAGGCUCGACUGGGAGACCUGGACCUCAAGCAGCCGGAGAAGCUCCCAAGGUGGAAGACGAUUGAGUCCAUCUUGAUCAAGAAUGGCUGGUAUACCAAUACCGAGAGCAGCGACAUCCGAAUUUGCGAGCGCAUCUGCGUGCUGUCGCGUGGAUGA